UGGAAGUGAUUUUGUUAAAAUUGCAAAGAUUUUGAAGAGAAUGAGUUUAAAAAAUGAUGUGUUCGGUUUGGAUACGUAUUUCAAAUUUAUUUUGUCGGAAAAUGAAGAAUAUGAAGAAAUUGAGGACGAAGAUAGAAUAGUUGAGGAGGAGAAUGGAGAUGAGGAUAAAAUUGUUGAGGAGGAGCAUGAAGAGGAGGAUAGAAUUGUCGAGGAGGAGUAUGAAGACCAAGAUUUUGAUGAAGAAAGUGAUGAUUCUGAAACGAGUGAUGAUUCUGAUGACGACACCUUAUCUUCAAAUCUAAUGUGCUUAUCUUAUACCGAAAAAGAGUAUGAAACUGAGAUGACAAUGGGAACCUUAGAAUAUGAUUGGAGCGGUACUUUUUAA